AACUGAGUUCGUGUGGAGAUACGCUGGAAGACCGGGGAAAACUUUUUUGGGGGGUCUUUCUAAUAUCCAUGACAUUUAUCAGGGGCCUUAAAGAGAGGCUUUCAGGAAUCUUGCCAUGUUCAAGGCAGUGCUGAAGAAGAGCAGAGAUGGAGGCAAAGGGAGCAAGAAGGAUUCAGGGGAUGUCCACAGCCACAGUGCCCAAAGAAGAUUCCCACCCGAGGGAAGCCCUCAGCUCCACGAGCCGGGCAGCGGGCAGCCUCACAUCCCGGAUGAUGUCUUCAGAUUAAGCCUUGCCAAGGGAGUGUCCAUGUCUCUUCCAUCCUCACCUCUCCUGCCACGACAGUCCUACAUGAUGCCCUUACGCCCGAGCAAGAGGUCACCAGCAGGUCCAACCAGGAAACCCAAAUAUGUGGAGAGUCCUCGUGUUCCCUCUGAUGCCAUCGUUUCAGUACUGAGGAACGUGGCCGAUAACAAGGAGUCCUCACAUAAUGAGCUGCAAGCAGAGAAACAACCAAGCUCCUCCUCCCUUGCCACUCAGGAACUGAUGACACGGCUGGGCUUUUUACUAGGAGAAGGGAUCCCGGGUACGGCACGCAUACCUAUGGACGACAAGAUUGAAAAGAAGUGCUCGGUGAUUAGCCAGGGUAUCAGCCCCUGCUCUACACUGACCAGCAGCACUGCGUCUCCCAGCACCGACAGUCCAUGUUCAACACUCAACAGCACGGCCAGCCGCCCCCCCCUCAGCCGCUCCAGCCCCUGUGGGACCAUCACAAGCCCCAGCUCCACACUUGAGAGCAAAGACAGUGGCAUCAUCGCCACCAUCACCAGCUCCUCUGAGAAUGAUGACCGCAGUGGCUCCAGCCUGGAGUGGAGUAAGGAUGGCAGCCUGAGAGGCAGCGGGCGCCAUGGCCUGGCACAGAGUGUGCGGGCUGACACCUGCUCCCCUGUGGCCGAAGAAGACUCCAACAGCGCUCCUGCAGCACCAGCCGACACCCCGUCCAGGACAGACCAGCAGCAGCAGCAGUCCAGCACAUCAGCAGGGGCACCACAGCCUCAAAGUCACUCACCCGAGGGACCCUUUCCAUACCCAGCACAGACAUCUUCUUCCCUCAUGAUGCCGAGGCCGAACUCUGUAGCAGCAACCAGUUCCACAAAGCUGGAAGACUUGAGCUUUCUUGAUGAACAGCGCAACGCCCCCCUGCGGACAUCCAUUCGCCUACCCUGGCAUAACACGGGAGGAAGGCCACCUCAGGACUCUAAAGCUCGUUUCGCUCCCUACAAACCCGUGGACAUCAUGCUCAAGCCCUUGCUGUUUGAGGUGCCCAGCAUCACCACAGACUCUGUGUUCGUGGGACGAGAUUGGCUCUUUCAGCAGCUGGAAGAUACCCUGAGGGCCAGCGGGUCUACAGAGAACCACGGCGCUGUAGUUGUCGGCAGCGUGGGUUAUGGGAAGACGGCCAUCAUCUCUCGGCUAGUAGCACUCAGCUGCCAUGGAGGCCGAAUGCGGCAGAUCGCCUCCAACAGUCCCAGUGCCUCCCCAAAAAGUUGUGGCGGACCAAGCACAGAACUUCCACUCAGCCAGCCUCCACAGCCGACUCCACCUUCCAGCGCGACCAACACGCUGAGGCCCAACAGCUGCCCGGGCACCCCCGAGAUGCAGCGGCGCAGGGAGCAGGCUGUCAAACGGCUGGCUGCUAAGGUGGUGGCAUAUCACUACUGCCAGGCAGAUAACACGUACACGUGCCUCGUCCCAGAGUUUGUGCACAGUAUCGCUGCCUUGCUGUGCAGAGCACACCAGCUCAGUGCGUACCGGGAGAUGUUGCUGAAAGAGCCCCACCUCCAGAGCAUGCUCAGUCUGCGCUCCUGUGUCCAGGACCCCUUGGCCGCUUUCCGGAGGGGGGUCCUUGAGCCACUAACCAGCCUUCGUAACGAGCGGAGGAUUCCAGAUGAGGAUCACAUCAUCUUGAUAGACGGGUUGAACGAAGCCGAGUUCCAUAAGCCUGACUCUGGAGACACCAUCGCCUCCUUCAUCACGAAGAUCAUUGCCAAGUUUCCCUCCUGGCUGAAACUUGUGGUCACAGUCCGGGUCAAUUUACUGGAGAUCACCAGCCUUCUGUCCUUCUCCAAGAUCUCUCUGGAUGACUUCUCCGACAACACAGAGAUAAGCAACGACCUCAAUGCUUAUAUCCAGUACCGCAUCAACGGCAGCAAGGAUAUCAUGAACAAUAUCAGCCUGAAUGGCAAAGCCGACCCGACCACAGUCGGCAAGCUCAGUAGCCACCUGAUCUCCCGCAGCCAGGGCUCCUACCUGUAUCUCAAACUCACCCUGGAUCUGUUUGAGAGAGGUCACCUGGUGAUCAAGAGUGCCAGCUACAAAGUCGUGCCCGUCUCGCUGGCUGAGCUCUACCAGUUACAGUGCAACAUGAAGUUCAUGACCAAUUCAGCCUUUGAGCGCUCGCUGCCCGUCCUCAAUGUGGCCCUCGCCUCACUGCACCCCAUGACCGACGACCAGCUGUUCCAAGCCAUCAACGCCGUCUUCAUCCAAGGGGAGCUGCAAUGGGAGGACUUCCAACAACGCAUGGAGGUGCUCUCGUGCUUCCUCAUCAAACGGCGGGACAAGACGCGCAUGUUUUGCCACCCCUCCUUCAGAGAGUGGCUGGUGUGGAGAGCUGAUGGAGAGAGUACGGACUUUCUCUGUGACCCCAGGACUGGUCACGCUCUUAUGGCGUUCAUGCUUUCCCGCCAAGAGGGGAAACUUAAUCGUCAGCAGACGAUGGAGCUGGGACACCACAUCCUCAAAGCACACAUCUUCAAGGGGCUGAGUAAGAGAACGGGUGUGUCAUCCAGUGUGCUGCAGGCUUUGUGGAUCAGCUGCAGUGCUGACGGCCUUUCUGCAGCGUUGGCCUCUCUGAGGAAUCUGUACACACCCAACGUCAAGGUGAGCCGUCUGCUGAUGCUUGGUGGAGCGAACGUGAAUUACCGCACAGAGGUCCUGAACAACGCGCCGGUGCUUUGCGUCCAGUGCCACCUCGGUCAUCAGGAAAUUGCCUUCCUGCUGUUGGAGUUUGGGGCCAGCGUAGACGUGGUGUCCGAAAAUGGCAUGAACCCCCUCUGCUUUUCAGCCGCUGCAGGACACGUGGGACUUGUCAUGCUGCUCUGCAAGAGAGGGAGCAAGGUUGAUCAUGUAGACAAGAGUGGCCAGUGUGCACUGGUCCACGCUGCUCUCCGAGGACACCCAGAGAUUAUCCAGUACCUGCUGGAGCUGGAAUGGAGUGGUGAAGGGCAGCAGCAGGACUGUGCUCUGAAGAACAAAGCUCUGCAGCAGGCUUUGAUAGCGGCAUCCAGCAUGGGACACACACAGGUUGUGAGAGGCUUGCUGGCAGUGAAUAAUGAGCACGCCGUGCAAAUCGAUAGCCAUGACACUCUGUGGGGAGAGACAGCCUUGACGGCAGCAGCCGGCCGGGGGAAGAUGGAGGUCUGCAGCUUCCUGUUGGGGCAGGGGGCGGUGGUGCAGCAGUUCAACCGGCGGGGGGUGUCUCCUCUAUUCUGCGCCGUCAGACAGGGACACUGGCAGAUUGCAGAGCUGCUGUUGCAGCACGGUGCUGAUGUCAACAUCAGCGACAAGCAGGGCCGGACCCUCCUCAUGGUGGCUGCCUGCGAGGGUCACCUGAGCACCGUAGAGUUUCUGCUUUGUAAAGGUGCAUCUUUGACCUCGAUGGACAAGGAGGGCCUGACCCCCCUGAGCUGGGCAUGUUUAAAAGGACAGAAGAACGUUGUGCAGUUUCUGGUGGAGAAAGGUGCGGUCAUCGACCACACGGACAGAAAUGGACGGACUCCGCUGGACCUCGCUGCCUUCUAUGGAGAUGCAGAGAUUGUCCAGUACCUGGUGGAGCGAGGAGCGGUGAUCGAGCACGUGGACUACAGCGGCAUGAGGCCUCUGGACAGAGCCAUCGGCUGUCGCCACACGUCGGUGGUGGUCACUCUGCUGAAGAAAGGGGCCAAGCUGGGGAACGCAGCGUGGGCCAUGGCGACGUCCAAGCCUGAUAUCCUGAUCAUCCUCCUCCAGAAGCUGAUGGAGGAGGGAAACCUACUUUACAAGAAAGGGAAGAUGAAGGAGGCAGCCCAGAGGUACCAGUACGCCCUCAGGAAGUUUCCUAGAGAAGGCUUUGGCGACGACCUGAAGGCAUUUAAAGACCUGAGGGUCUCCCUGUACCUCAAUCUCUCCCGCUGUCGCAGAAAAACCAACGAUUUUGGGAUGGCUGAGGAGUUUGCAACAAAAGCACUGGAGCUGAAACCCAAAUCCUACGAGGCGUACUAUGCCCGAGCACGAGCCAAAAGAAGCAGCAGGCAGUUUACGGCGGCCCUGUCGGACCUGCAUGAAGCCGCCACGCUGUGCCCCAAUAACCAGGAAAUCCGUCGCUUGCUGACUCGCGUCGAAGACGAGUUCAGACAGAUGCAGCGCGCUCAGCCUAAAGGAGGCGCCGGCGCCGCGGCCGCUCCCAGCCCGGCUUCUGGAGGUCACGAGUCCCAACAGGAGCAGGACGAAGGUCAGGAGGAGCCGUCAGAGCACAGCCUUGCCAGGAGCGUGCAAGGACAAAGAGACAUCCUGGAGGAGGAAGAGGAGGAGGAGGAGGAAGAGGAGAAGGCCGGUGCCUCGCUGCACGACAGAACCAGUGAAGCCUGCUGGUCACAGAACAGUUCCUCCGACAACAGAGACUUACCCUCCGAGCCCGUCAGCAGCAGUUUGGGACAUCAGAGUCCGAGCCCCGGCUCGCCCCCGGGCCCCAGCCGGCUGCCCCUCCACCGGUACCCGAGAGAGCACCGGGAGGCGCUGGCCCAACAGGGCCUGGUCCUGCAGCCCACCAAGCAGGCCCAGAUAGUCAAGACCAACCAGCAUAUGAGCUCAAUGCAGGCCGGGGGAGGAGCUGCCGGGGGAGGAGCUGUCGGGGGAGGAGCUGCCGGGGGAGGAGCUGUCGGGGGAGGAGCUGCCGGGGGAGGAGCUGUCGGGGGAGGAGCUGCCGGGGGAGGAGCUGCCGGGGGAGGAGCUGUCGGGGGCCGUGCGACAGGGGCCAGAUCUCAGUACGCUCCCUCCAGUCCCUUACCGAGCCGACACAUGUCCAGUAUGCUGAAGCCGGGCCCCGGCAUCGACAUCGGCCCUCUGCCGCUCCCAGCUGACGAGCCCGUGUACGGGACCCGCAUGUCGCUGGCGGCCGCCUCCACGGGCCGCGGUGGUGAGAACGAGAGCCUUCAUUCCUCUCAGGUGUCUCCCUCGUCCUGCAGCAGCUCCAAGGGUCAGGGCCCAGAGCGGCCGUCUGUCCACUCCGCGUGCUCCCUGGAUGGUUUGGCCUGCUCUGGUCCCGGACCUCAGGGGAGCCACACUGACCAAGGAAAGGACGGGCUGUGUGGCGGCGGCGGCGUGUCCAGUUCCACCAGCAGCCUGGCGUCCAGCAGCAGCCUCUCGGACAGCGGCAAGCUGGGACCGGAUGUCCGCACCAAGACCUCCGACAAAACAAAGCACAGCCAACAGGCCGGCGCCGCAGCCGACUACAAACCCAGACCGUUCAUGGGCAUCAUUGACAAGACGGCACGCUUUCUCCAACAGCAGCAGCAAAUACAGCAACAACAACAACAACAACAACACGGGCUGCAAAGUUUCCCGAGCCUGCAGUCCGCGGGCCGCAGCUGGCUGAACCACUCGUCCGACGGCCUCGCGUGUCCCAACAUGGCGCCGCUGCCCGCCGCCGGCGAGCCGCCUCACGCCAAAGCAGGGAGCACUUACCAGGAGCAGCACCCGCCUCCAGCACCCCAGGGGGCCACGGCCACGAGCGGCUUCCAGAACGGCGUGCACGCCAAGGAAUUCACGGAGAAGUUCUGCCAAGCCGCCAACUGUUUCAAGGAGUCCAAGCCGGCGGUGGCGAUGGCGCACUCGUUCAUGGACGGGAAAGCCAAGCAGCCCGGCCUCAACCGAGACAACGCCGCCAUCCACGGAGCGGCGAUGAAACCAAAGCGCUCGUUUAUCGAGUCCAACGUGUAGACGCGUGUGUCAUCGUUCAUGCGCUCCACGGCGCACACAAACAAGCAGAAAGCUUGAGCGAAGAGUCGCUUCAUUUGUUUUAUUUGACCAACCCGACACGCGCCUCUCUCUCCAGCCGGGCAGGAAGUGCAGUUUGCCGUCUGUUUCCAGUGUGAAAGCGGCCGGCGGGCGGCGGCGCCCCGAAGGCUCCGGGCGGCUCUCCUCCUCCCGACCCGUCGGCUUCUGUUACGCGACAUGUCGGCCGCCACUCAGCCAAGCUGGAGCCUUUGCACUGAAGGAAGCGUCCGGUCCUCGUCAACGUGACCCGGAGCACUUUAUCCACUCGGAGGCCAGAUUCAGUUGCAGCAGAAUGUUUUUACCCAAGAGUUUAGUGCGGGUGAAAUGGGGUUUGAACUGGUUCAUGACGCCCAUGGUGCCCAGAGGAGAGAAAGUCCUCAUGGAAGGCGUGCGUCUAGAGGACGGGCAUCCCUGUGUUCUACCAAGGAUGUUAUAGAUCCUCGUGUUUAUAUUAUAUAAAUAUGUAUGUUUCCUUCUUUUCUGUGGAGAUCUAUGUUAAGUGUAUUGACAAAUUGAGACAUUUGUUAAAUGUGUUUGUACAUUAUAUAAAUCACCAUUAACGUUGAAUUUAAAUCCUUACUGCAUCAGCUUGUUGUUGCUGUCUAGUUUAAUUUAUUUACAGCGCCAAUGGCUUCGUUAAUUGUAAAAGCAAUAUAUUUUAUAUAGUUAUUUUUGCACAGCUAAUAAGACAUUUAAUGAUUCUCAAUAACGUUGAGUUUAAGUGUACGCUACAAUUACAGUUUAUAUUACAGAGUAAAAACGGUGUUGGGGCCGGUGCCAUCCGCUCUAUUUUAAUAUGUACGUUAAAUGCAACUGUUGCCAUGUCGUCAGUGUUGUGAGCGUCACGACUGGAGAGAACAUUGUGCCACCGCCACCAUGGGAGAGAAAUAAAGAGCCACUGAGGAACUCA